GCCUGCUAGGAGAACCAGAGGGUCCGGAGCUAGCCUGAAAGCGGAGGAGGCAAGGGAAAAAGGUUGAGCUAGCCGCUCUGGUGGCAAACAGGAGCCGAAGGAACGCACCGCGCCAGCCCCUGCUGGGCUGUGACUGCUGCCAAAGCCUGUUGCAGCGCGGUGGCUUCGAAGCUGCCGCCCCGGAGCUGCCCUUUCCUUUUCGGUGAAGUUUCUAAAAGCUGCUAGAGACUAGGAGGAAGCCAGGAAAGUGCCCGGUAGGACUGACCGCUGCCUUUGUCCUCCCCCCCUCCACCCCACCCCGUCUCCUCUCCUACAACUGCCUAGGCCCGCUACUCUCCGUCAACCCCCACCUCUCUCCUUCACCCCCAGUCUGCACGGUGCUGCCAGCCAGUUUACAGAGAGGUAACUCCCUUAGGGUGAGAGCGGGUGAGCUAGCUGCACGUUGCAAAGAAGGCUUGGGAGCCUGGAGACUAGGGAGCGGCUUUGACUUCAGCGCUGUAGCCAGGACCUGGCUUGUUAAGCAGCACGCAGGGAGUGCCCCUUGGUUCCCUACACUCCCUAGACCUCCUCCUACCUCCCCCAACCCCCACUCAAGAGUGCGGAGCCAGAAAUCAAAAGAUGAAAAGACUGUCAGGGCUUCAGUAGUCUUAGGCAAAACAAAACAAAAAAAUCCAAAACAAAACCAAAAGAAAAUAUCCCAAUUAUUAUUUACACCUGCUUCACUGGACAUUGAAUUUGGAAAACAGAGGACCCUCUCCCCAAAUUUUUGAACGUCUUUUGAAUCUACUCUUUAAGUAUUCAGGGGCAGAUUGAAAGCCUGGCAGGGCUGAUCCUGCCCAGUUCUCUCCUGUCUUCCUCUGCAUGCGACUUGCAGGCUGUCAGAGCCCUUUUUGCUUCUUUUGGUUCUUUUGUUUUUGUUUUGUUUUGGUUUGGUUUGGUUUGGUUUGGUUUGGUUUGGUUUUGCCCCCGCAAGUUUUCUUUCCUGGAGCUUUCCGCAGGUGGGCAACUAGCUGCGGCGACUACUGCAUCAUCACAGCCUGUUGAACUCUUCUGAGCAAGAAAAGAAGAGACCGGGUAAGGAAAUUGGAUCAAAGAUUCAGCCAAGCUCAAGGAUGGAGGUGCAGUUAGGGCUGGGGAGGGUCUAUCCUCGGCCGCCGUCCAAGACCUUUAGAGGAGCUUUUCAGAAUUUGUUCCAGAGCGUUCGAGAAGUGAUACAGACCCCGGGACCCCUGCACCCUGAGGCCGAUAACGCAGCCCCUCCCGGCUCCCAUUUGCAGCAGCAGCAGCAGACCAGCCCCCAGCAGCCUCAGCAGGGUGAGAAUGGCUCUCCCCAAGCUCACCUCAGAGGCCCCACAAGCUACCUGGCCCUGGAGGAGGAACAGCAGCCUUUACAACAGCAAUCAACCCCUGAGGGCCACUCCGAGAGGGGCUGUCUCUCAGAGCCUGGAACCUCUGUGACCGCCAGGAAGGGGCUGCCGCGGCAGCUGCAAGCACCUACGGACGAGGAUGACUCAGCUGCCCCAUCCACGUUGUCCCUGCUGGGCCCCACUUUCUCCAGCUUAAGCAGCUGCUCCGCAGACCUUAAAGACAUCCUGAGCGAAGCCGGUACCAUGCAACUCCUUCAGCAGCAGCCACAGCCGCGACAGCAGCAGCAGCAGCUGGAAGUGGCCUCAGAAAGCAGCAGCAGCGGGCUAGCAAGAGAGGCAGUUGGGGCUGCCACUUCUUCCAAGGACAGUUACCUAGGGGUCAAUUCAACCAUAUCUGACAGCGCCAAGGAGUUGUGUAAGGCAGUGUCUGUGUCCAUGGGCUUAGGUGUGGAGGCAUUGGAGCAUCUCAGUCCUGGGGAACAGCUUCGGGGAGACUGCAUGUAUGCACCGCUCCUGGGAUGUCCACCUGCUGUGCGACCCACUCACUGUGCCCCUCUGGCUGAAUGCAAAGAUCCUCUUCUGGACGACAGCCCAGGCAAGGGCACUGAAGAGACAGUUGAAUAUUCUUCUUUCAAGGGAGGUUACACCAAAGGACCUGACAGUGAAAGCCUGGUCUGCUCUGGCAGCAGCGAAGCGGGGAGCUCUGGGACACUUGAACUGCCCUCCAGUCUUUCGCUCUACAAAUCUGGAGCACUGGACGAGGCAGCAGCAUACCAGAGUCGCGACUACUACAACUUUCCUCUGACCCUGGCCGGGCCUCCACCCCUACCACUGCCUUCCCAUCCUCAAGCACGCAUCAAGCUGGAGAACCCGCUGGACUAUGGCAGUGCCUGGGCUGCCUCGGCAGCACAAUGCCGCUAUGGAGACCUGGCAAGCCUGCAUGGUGGGGGUUCCGCCAGACCCAGCUCUGGGUCGCCCUCAGCCGCUGCCGCAUCUUCCUGGCACUCUCUUUUCACAGCCGAAGAAGGCCAGUUGUAUGGACCCUGUCGAGGGGGUGACGGAGGCAGCGCAGGCGAAGCAGGGGCUGUAGCCCCCUAUGGCUAUGCUCGGCCACCUCAGGGGCUGGCAGGCCAGGAAGGCGAUUUCCCUCCACAUGAUGUGUGGCACCCUGGUGGUGUGACCAGUAGAAUGCCCUAUCCCAGUCCCAGUUGUGUCAAAAGUGAGAUGGGACCCUGGAUGGAGAGCUACUCCGGACCUUAUGGAGACAUGCGUUUGGAGAAUGCCAGGGACCAUGUUUUGCCCAUCGACUAUUACUUUCCACCCCAGAAGACCUGCCUGAUCUGUGGGGAUGAAGCUUCUGGGUGUCACUAUGGAGCUCUCACUUGUGGCAGCUGCAAGGUCUUCUUUAAAAGAGCUGCUGAAGGAAAACAGAAGUACUUGUGUGCCAGUAGAAAUGAUUGCACCAUUGAUAAAUUCCGAAGGAAAAAUUGUCCAUCUUGUCGUCUCCGGAAAUGCUACGAAGCAGGGAUGACUCUGGGAGCCCGUAAGCUGAAGAAACUUGGCAAUUUAAAACUACAGGAAGAAGGAGAAGCUUCCAGUGCCAGCAGCCCCACUGAGGAGCCAACCCAGAAGAUGACAGUAUCACACAUUGAAGGCUAUGAGUGUCAGCCCAUCUUCCUGAAUGUCCUAGAAGCCAUUGAGCCAGGUGUUGUUUGUGCUGGACAUGACAACAACCAACCUGACUCCUUUGCAGCCUUGCUGUCCAGCCUCAAUGAACUGGGAGAGAGACAGCUUGUACAUGUGGUCAAGUGGGCCAAAGCCUUGCCUGGCUUCCGCAACUUGCAUGUGGAUGACCAGAUGGCAGUCAUUCAGUACUCUUGGAUGGGACUCAUGGUGUUCGCCAUGGGCUGGCGGUCCUUCACCAAUGUGAACUCCAGAAUGCUCUACUUUGCACCUGACCUGGUUUUCAAUGAGUACCGCAUGCACAAGUCCCGGAUGUACAGCCAAUGUGUCCGAAUGAGGCAUCUCUCUCAAGAGUUUGGAUGGCUCCAAAUCACACCCCAGGAAUUCCUGUGCAUGAAAGCACUGCUACUCUUCAGCAUUAUUCCAGUGGAUGGGCUGAAAAAUCAAAAAUUCUUUGAUGAACUUCGAAUGAACUACAUCAAGGAACUCGAUCGUAUCAUUGCAUGCAAAAGAAAAAAUCCCACAUCCUGCUCAAGGCGCUUCUACCAGCUCACAAAGCUCCUGGACUCUGUGCAGCCUAUUGCAAGAGAGCUACAUCAGUUCACUUUUGACCUGCUAAUCAAGUCCCACAUGGUGAGCGUGGACUUUCCGGAAAUGAUGGCAGAGAUCAUCUCUGUGCAAGUGCCCAAGAUCCUUUCUGGGAAAGUCAAGCCCAUCUAUUUCCACACACAGUGAAGCUUUGGAAGUCCUCAUUUCCCUAGCCCAGCCUAUCCCUUUUCAGCUGUCUUCUGCCUGUUAUAACUCUGCACUACUUCUCUGCAGUGCCUUGGGGAAUUUCCUCUAUUGAUGUAUAGUCUGUCAUGAACAUGUUCCUGAGUUCUAUUUGCUGGGCUUUUUUCUCUUUUCCUCUUUUCUUUUUCUUCUUCCCACUCUAACUUCCCUCUCUAACUCAUCCUCAGACUCUGCUCUCUGUUGUGGCUCCUAUCUGUGUUUUGAAUGGUGACAUAUUUCUUUAAAUCUGUGAUGAUCCUCAUGUGGCCCAGUGUCAAGUUGGGCUUGUUUACAGCACUCCAGUGUAUGCCAGCCACACUAACAUUUACUUACCUUAUGUCACUGGAAGUUUAGAGAGUUUAGAGAGCUAAAACUAUCCAGGAAAAACAAACUCAAACAAACAAGAGACAACAACCAAAAACGUCAAAAACUUGCCAGGGCUUUUUAUUAAAUAAAUAACAAAUAGAAAUCCUCAAAGAAGCCAGCAGUGACUAGAAACAAAUGAAAAUUGCAGGUCCAUGAGGAGUCAGUUUUUGUUCAUCCUCUUCCUAGACUCUAUUUUUGCAAAGGUUAUUGCCAUGAGAGGACAGGGCAACCCCAGAGCUGAGAUGGGGAGCCCGAAAGAGGGGAAGACAAGGAGGGAAAAUGUAUCACCAAUACUUACCCACAGGCUUGGCUCCUGAGGGCUACACUGCUCAACUGUAGUGCAAUUCCUUGUAUUGAAAAUGUGUUUCUUAUUUGAAAAUUUGUCUGCAUGUGAAUGUCUCCCCGCUCAAGGCCUUUUCGUUCUCAAUCUCUGCCUCCAUCCUCAAAUUGACUUUCAGUAGCUUUCUAAUACCUUUGAAAUGAAUAUUCUUUUUAGACAAAACUUGGCCACUUCCACUGAAGAGUCAGAUCAGGAAGACAAAGGAGAGGAGAAAUCUGACACUUUGUGAGGCUCCAUUCAGAUCCAAUCUAGUUUCCAAUGCGUGAUCCAGGGAGGAGCUUGGAGCUAAAGUCAGAGGAGAAGGAGAUGAUGGUUUGGUUGUUCUACUACUUAGGAAGCUGAAUAGUUGACUUAUCAAUACCACCACCUUUUCCUCACCUUUAAAUGACCUAUAUACUCCAUAUGGCCAUAAGCUUCUUCCACCCUCCCUUCAGUUUUUUGUGGGCCACACUGUAUUUCAGACAUGAUGACACAGAUUGUUUACUUCUUUGAGCAUAUUCAAAAACUCUCUGCUAAAAUUUUGCCCACUAUGAAGGCUAUCAGGCCAGUAGUCCUGGCAUCUAACUCUAGAUUCUAAUAGUCUCAAAGCUUUCUUACCAAAUGUGUCUAAUCAAUAGUCAGAUUGCUGGAGCCCUUAGAAAAACUGGAAAGAGGGCAUCAAAGAGAUCAGAAAAAUCAGGCAUCUGCCCCUUGCCUUCCAGAGAUGACACGCUCUCAUAAGUGGAUAAAUGUUCACUCCCUUCUCCAAAGCAGGUAAAGCAGCUACCCAGAUUAGGGCAGAAGAGAAAACUCAAUAACCAAGAUUGGAAGAAUGAUGACCCUAGAACCAGAAAUCCUGAAAUGCUCUCCUUGCCAUCCAGCAUAUCCACCCACAGAAGCCAUGAGAAGAAAGAACAUAGAGAAGACUUGUUUAACUAUUGUCUUCAGAGGCAAAGACUAAAGCCAGAUGGGCAUCAACUGGCUAGAUGGGUACUAGUUUACUCAUCCUCCUCCUCUCUGCUGAUUCUGGGCUCUGACACUGACCAUUCUCACUUAGAUUUUCCAUGAUUAUUGCUGCCUCUCGGAGGAGAGCUGGACCACAGAACCAUGGCUUCCUUUGGAACUGUCUGGCUGGUGUGACUGUGACUCGCUGCCACCCAUAAACUUAGGGUAUGCUCCUGGGUCACUGAUUUCAUAUAGUCCCUUGGCACACCUCUGUUCUUUGGAUUUUGUUCCCCAACCCCAGGUGCAGGGCAGAAUGUUCAUGUACUUCCUGAUCUUGGCUACUGCUUUCUCCCAUAGUUCUUCAUCUAUUAAACUCAAGAAAUCACAGGCCAGUCACCAAGCUGCCCCUUUCAGCUGGUUUACUCUACUUGUUGAGAAGACAGUUUCUGAGUGACAUGACAUAAUCCACAUGAAUUCCCUUCCCUGAUUUCUGUAUUGAUAUUAAUAGCCAAAUGAACUUGCAAAACAGCUUCUUUAAAUAACAAGGGAGAGGGAAAACCAAAAUGGGUGAUAUGACAAUCCAAGAUUGCUGAACAAAACUAAAGUUGAUGGGUUUCCUUUCUGGGGUUGGAUAGAGUUUGGUUUUCUUUGUGAUGGAAUCAUCUUGCUUAAUUACAGGAUCACUGUUAGCUGUUUUAAACAAAAAAAAAUAUAGCACUUUUCAGUUAAACUAGGUUGUAUAUUAAUAGUUCUUUUACAUCUGUUUUGAAACAGUUUUCAUCUUGUGGGACACGGAUUAGAUUAUAUCAUUCUAAUACCUCUCCUUGUAAAUACUAUAGGCCCCACUUUUCAAUUCACUAUCAAAUUUUUUUAUCUUUAUGGAUUUCUCAAUCAUGAGUCUUGUCUUUAUGAAUAUAUAUGUUUUUUCAUUAAAAGCCAAAAAACUGGUGAGCAGCAGUGUAAUGAAAAGCAGCAACAACUGGAUCACUACAAAUUUCCAAGUCACAAAACUAAGGAUAAACAGCCUAAACAGGGCUUUAGAUCUACUGCUUCUGCCUUGGGAUUUGAGUGAGCAAAGGAGGUUUUAGCUUGGCUCUGUUUUCUCACAGAUGAAAAGAAGGUGAUUUUUUUUUUCUUUUGGCCAUUGAUGAUCCAGCCAGUACACUUCACAGAAGUCUUAUUUGCCCAUGUACUCUGCUGUAUGAACAGAGUUGAUUUUUGGUAUACUGUGCUCAGCAGUGAAAGACUGGCCACCCAUGCCCACUAACCUGUUGAUCUGGAUGAUGAAGAUCACUCACUGGAAAAGCCAAGAGGACCAUUGCCAAAGAGGUCUGCAGUGCUCGGUGGGGAUGGAGAGUAAGAGAAGAGAAAAGGAGCAACAUAGAGAAGGUCCCAUCUGGGCAGAGACAGCUCCUAAGGUCACCAACUCUGGUCAAAGCAAAGAGUCCAGUCAUAUGUGGCACUUUCAGCUCUAUUCAUUAGGCAGUUCACUGAAUCUGGCUUCUGAACUAGGAUGGGGUUACAUUCUUUGUUCUAUAAAUUUUCUAUGCUACGGGCAAUAUUGUUUUUCUUGGAAAGUUCAUUUUUUUAAAAAAUUACCUUACUUUGAGAAAGGAAUUUUUUGAAGGAUUCUAUCAUAUAUCUUUGGAAAAAAUCAGUAAUAUGUAUAUUUUUAUGUAUGUUCACUGGCAUUUAAAAAAAGGAAAAAAGAGCUUAGCUCUGUUCUCUGUCCUUUGGGUAGUUGCUGAGGUUAAUUGUCUGGGCUGAGAAAAGAUGUUCUGAUGCUUGAGUCCCUCUCUGUCCAUACUCUAUUUCUAUAUGUAUGUAGAUAUAUAUAACAAAAUGUAUUUGACUUGUAUUUUAAAAUAUGUCCACUGUUCACAUGAUACUGAUACUACACAAGUGACCUGACUUUGAGCUUCAAGUAGCUUUUGAGUGUUUGUUUCAUUAGGCACAGCACAUAUGUGGCCUUGUAUCCUUCUUUCCCUUGAUAUGAAGCAGGGCACAAAGGCCCAAGUAACCCUCCCCCACUCCUUCCUAGCCCUGUGCCAGCACUGCUCUUCAGGAGACUCUCCAGAUUCCCCAGUAACUCUCCCUGCAUGACCCCCACAAAAUUGUGGAAAAAUAAGGGGCUGAGUACCGAUUCUGUUACCCCAAUUUUCCAAGUGAAAGGACACUUGGCCAAGAGCAUGGUUUUUAUGAUUGACCCUUAGUAAGAAGUCACAGGAAACAAGCAUGCUAAAACACCAGAUCAAAUCCAGAUUUAACUCCAAAAGAAGCCAUUUAGCAAUGUGAAAUUUCUUGGAAAAGGGAGUUUCUAGCGCCACUGCCUUUAUCUAUUCUCACUGCUGAUCUCUUUGAAAAUCUUUGAAACCAGUUUUUUUUUAAAGACAGACAAAGUGAUGAAAGCAUCACAGUAUGUAACCAAAGAUUAAAUUGUAUCUAAGAUACCAAAAUUUUUAAGGGCAGGGAGGGAGUAAGUAUUAGUGCCUCUUUGGUAAGCUUUCCAAAGACAGACUAAAGAACUUUGCUGGUGACUGAAUUAUAAGAGUUCUACGGGGGUUUCCACCCUCACAAUAUUCAUUUUUAGAAUUGAAGAUAAUUUGGAAAAUGGGAUUAUGGGUUCUUCACUAAGUGAUUUUAUAAACAGAACUAGCUUUCCUUUUGUCUAGUAGUUGCUGAGCAAAUUCUUGAAGCUCCAUCACUGCAUGGUUGAAAAUGGAGCCUGUCUUGGCCGCUGUGUUUGCUAGUGCCCAUGUUACCUUAUCUAAAGAUGUGAAACUUUUGCUGAGAAGGGGAGCAUUUAAAGGACUAGAUUCUGCACUAGAAGGACAACAGGCAGAAAUUCUUAUUUCUGGCCAGUUUGGACAGCACAAAAAGUUCUCUGCAGUUUAAGGCAGAAGGUAGAAAUAUACUGUAAAUGAGUAUUUGUAUCCAUGUUUUAAAAACUGAAUUAUAUAUAGGUAUAAUGUGUUCUAAAGCGUUAUCUUUCUCUGCACCUUUAUAUUUGGUUCAUGGUCAUAUCUGAUGCCUUGUACUUGUACGAGAGGCUGCAGUUACAUUAAGGAAACUCUCUCAGAAUGAACAAGACACCUGGAUUGAUCAGAUAACAAAGAGAUUUUUGCCCCUCUUGGGCCUGAUACACAGGCCUUAAAAAGGGAUAGGAGGGGGAAAAGGGUAGGGUACAUGUUGUAUUGCACUUUACUAGUCUAAGACAGAUGAAUGUGGAAAGGGUGGUGAAGACUCUGGAACUGGCUGGAAUUUACCAUAGAGAAGAGCCAGACUUGGGGCCAAAAGCUCACCCAAAUGAUUGGCCAGUGUCCUCUAAAUGGUACCUCAGCUAUUGGAAGAAGAAGGAGAAGCCAUAUUCCUUGUUCUUCACCAUUCUUGUGAGAGAAGGGCAGUUACCUGCACUUGGGAACCUGGAGCAAGUGCUCCACCUUUCACACCAAUUCUCUCCUCUGUGAUUGAGGUGCUCUUGCUACUGGGUGUCUGUAUGUUCUAAUUCUGCUUUUGGAUGUGUUUUGUAAAGAUUUGAAAAUUGAAAAUGUGUUUUUCUCUGUUAAAACUUAUCAGUGUACUAGAAGUUGUAUCUUGGUAGGUACAUGUCCAUCUCUGCCCAAGGGUAAAGAUAUUUUUCUUCAGUAAAGAGCUUGACACUGGGGUCUGUUGCCCAGGGCCUCCCAACCUCAACCAUUUCUAGGUGAAGGCAGAAAAAUCCACAUUAGUCACUUCUCUUCAAUCACUUAAGGUAAGAUAACAAAUCAUUUGGAAUUCCCCUACUCGGCAAAAGAGUGGUAGAUAUUUGAAUUUAGUAGGUGGAAUUUUACAGUAAAAUGCAGCUUUAAUUUGAUUACAUUCAAUUUGACCUGUAAGUAGGUAAUAUGUGAUUAUUUUGCAGUCCUAAUUCAUUAUAACAGGGCUUCAGUUUCUUUUCCUUGCCCCAUUUAUCUCCUAGUCUUUUGUGGAAUUAAAUAAAAAUUUGUAGAAUGGGUGGCCCUUGUGGCCUGCAAAAGUUCCCCCACAAACUACUUAGCAAAACCAUCAUGUAGCUACACUUUCCAUUGACCACUGAAAACUAGAACAAACAUAUGCAUACUCCAAAGGAUAGAUAAUACUGAAAUGUUGCUGCUUCUCCCAUGGCACCCUCCUUGGCUGACUGCUUCCUUACAGUUUGGGAUUCUAUACUGUGCAUAAUAGACAAGCCUGGCUUGUAGUCUCACAACCUCACCCCUCAUUGCUAGCUGUCCUUCAGUGAAGUGCCUAUGGUGUUGUCCUAUUCCUUUAGCCAAAUGGGUCCUGAGAGCAGUCACAAUUAGGAUGCUGCAAAUCAAAAAUAAAUAAAUGCAUAAAAGUCCCUUCACUACCUACUGACACCUUUCUGCUUUCCACUAGACUGGACAUUGAUUCAGGAGUGCCUUGGAUAUAACAUUCUUGUGCUGUCCUUGAGAUUAAUUUGGCAGCAGGAGGAAGAAGAUUAUGUAACCAGAGAUAAGAACUCAUUUUUUGAUGUUGAGAGAAAAAGCAUUAUUGAAAAAAUUUUAAAAGAAACAAUUUAGCUUGAAACUUCUUUCGAUGGGGCCUUGGUUCUCACAGUGACUCUUGGCAUCCACUGGGCAGCAGGACCAGCCCCAAGCGCUAGUGUUCUGUGCUCUUUUUGUAGUCUUGAAAUUUUUGUUGCUCUAAAUAUAAUUAAAAUGGCAGAAACUCAUUUGUUG